AUGAUGACCUCCAUCAUCCGUCGUCUCAUCCCAAAGAACAUCCCCAACACCGGCUCCCAGCAACGCGAUCAUCACGCCAACGAGCGCACUUUUCUCUCAUGGACCCGUGCCGGUCUUGGGUUCGCCGCCAUGGCACUUGCCCUGGACCGUCUUGACUCCAUUGACCGCGUGAUCUCGGCAAAGAUUCCUCGCCUGGAAGCUGCUCUCAUGCAGAAUGUCAAACCGAAUACGAAUGCUUCUGCGAUCACCGCGGACGCAGUCACUCGCACCAGUCCGAGCAGCUCAUCAUCUGCUCAACCCAUCAAGGUCGAAUCUCCUCCGGCACUGACCUCCGAACACGUCGAGUCUGGAAUCCUCGGAUUCUCCAAAUUCAUCUCAGCGUCGAGAUUAUGUCAAGUGCUGGGGCUGUGGUCGCUCGGGUAUGGCUUCUUCCGGUAUUGGUCCAUGAGGCGGUAUCUUCUCAAGGGGCAAUUUGUGCCUGCGUUCUGGGGGCCGGUGCUCAUGACGACGGGCAGUUUUGGUGCCUUUAUGAUGUUGGGGUUGCAGAUGGAUCGGCGGCGUCGGGAUCAGCCGGAUGUAUAUCAAUAG